UUCAAACUUUUACCGUUCACCUUCUUCUGAUGGCACCAGUUGCUAGGAAAAACGAAAGAGACUUCUAAACUUUGAAGGACCAAUUCAGCGUGAGAAGCUAUUCACUUUCUCUUCCUCCCGGAUAUAACUAUUCAUCCAAACUCACACUUGAUUUGAUUAAUUCGGAAAAAUAGACAAAUCAGAGAAUUAUUGCUUCCUUGGAACAACUUUUGAAUGGUCUUCAUGUCCCAUUAUAUAACCCUAAUAUUCCUUUAUUCUAUGAGAUUUUAGCUGAUAAACGAUUCGCACGGGGUAUUUUUCAGCUAAGCGGUGAUGCUAUUAGGAUAAUUCUAGAAUAUGCUCGUCGCGCAGCUGGUUUAGGAACCUCUUAUGCGUAUGAAGUACGAAAAAAACUGCACCGUGAUAAAACGAUUGAUCCCAUUGAGUAUACUCUUGAUAAUUUAUUUAAUAAUUAUUAUGUGGGACUCAUGAAGAAGGAGUCUACUAGAUGGGCCAUUCACAUAAGAAGAAAAGAUACUUUUACUGAGAACGAGAAAAUCAUGCAAGACGUUGAUUGGAAUGACAAUUCCAACCAUACUGCUCGUAGAUCUAAUGAUGCUGGUUGGAUAAACUGUCCCGUCAUUUUAAUGGGUUCUUAUGUAUCUGGUAGAGCUGCUGAUCAUUCUGACGUUCCCCUUCCCGAAGGACUUUCCGACUAUCAUCCUUGGGAACUUGUCUUAUCCGAAGAAGAGAAAAAGGGAAAAAGCGAAGCUAAACGGGUUAAGAAAUCAGCUGAUGCGACAUCUUCGCAGAAUGAUAGAAUGGAGCCUUCAGGUGCUAAGACCAAAGUUAGAACCAAAACUAAAGCUACAAGAACACAUAGUUCAUCUCCCCCCUCAAAUCUUGCUAAGAGGCGUAGAGAAUUUUAUAAUUCUUCCUCAAGUUCGGAAUCUGACGAUGAUGAUUCUUCUCCUUCCGAAGAUUCAAUUAAAUCGUCUAUGAGUCAGCUCUCUACCCUUUUUUUUGAUUCGAUGACAGCUAUGGGUAAUGACGAGUUUCAGCACAGCUUUGAUAUGGUUUCAAAAAUCUGUGAUAAUCCUUGCUUAGAUGAUCCAUCUCUUCGCAGAGCUUCAAUUUUAUUAAAUCCAAGCUUUAAAUUUGCCUUUGGUUCUCAGGUAAUUUCUAUUCUUCUGUAA